GUAUGUCUUCUCAGGAUUAAAUGCUAAAUUUUUAUAACUCAGGUAAAAUAUUUUGGUAUUCCAUUAUGUUUUUACACAGUCAACAAACAACUUGACAACAGUGUGGAGGUAGUAAAGGAUAGAGCUAUCUGAUUUGUCAAAUGACAGAGCCAAGUGUAGCGAAAUAACGUUAAUCAGGUGCUAACUUCAAAAGAACUAAAGAGUCUCACUAUAAAAUGACCUACUUUAUAUUUUAUUUUUGUUCCUGAUUGUAAAUAUAGGCUACAGUACUGCCAGAAUCGAUAAAAAUAUCAACUAUCAAGACUGAGAUCAUAUUAUUUAUUUAUCCAUUUGAAAUACAAUUAAAUGUAUUUCACCAAUUCAUCAUAUGAAUGAAUAUGGUAACCAAUAAUUUAGUUCACCAAUGAAUAUGGUAAGUAGGUAGCUGGUAACUCUACAAUUCAGGUUAAUAUUCCUGUAUUCUAUUUCAUAUAAUCAUCAUAUUCUAUUUCAUAAAAUGUAUCUUACAUUUUUCUGAAUCCUGUUAUAUUCAUCUGAAAUGAUUAUCUGUAUUCAUAUAAUAUUUUCAACAAUUUGUUUAUAAUUCUAGGGUCAAAUAUAAGAAGGCCCCGAGGUGAAAAGAAACCAAUCCCUGAAGAAAUGAAAGAUGAAAGGUACUUUGAAAGGCGUAAACGUAACAACUUGGCUGCGAAGAAAUCGAGGGAUGCCAGAAAAAUCAGAGAAGACCAGAUAGCUCUGAGAGCAACCAUCCUGGAACAAGAAAACGCUGUGCUACGAGCUCAGGUCUUCACGUUGAAAGAAGAGGCACAAUCAUUAAGGCAACUUCUCCUUCUUCACAGGAAAUCCUCCAGUCAGCCCUACUCCUGUCUCACAGCUUCAACUAAUAGUUAAUUUCUAGAUAGUUAUUUCAUGGAGAAAAUAUAGCAUAAGAAGAUAUUCCAUGGUAUGGGGCGUUUAUGCUCCAAAUUUGAAGCCGAUUUCUAGUUA